CUAGAUAGAGUGAACUUUCAUUGCUGGCAGUGAAGUCUGAAAGAACAUUUCUGACAUCCAAUUACUUUUCUGAGGUCUAAUUAUGGACAGGGCUCAACUGUGCCUAAGCCUAAUAAAAUGGCUCAAUACAUUCAAGGUUACAGUACCCAAUCAAACAGUAGAAGAUUUAAGUGAUGGUAUUGCUGUUGCUCAGGCCCUCCGAGAAAUAGCACCAGAUUAUUUUAAUGAUGCCUGGUUCAAAAAAUUAAAAGUUGAAGAAUCUUUAAAUUGGAGGUUAAAGGUCAGCAACCUGAAAAAAGUCUUGAAUGGCAUGUUAGAAUACAAUAUUGAGGUACUAGGAAUACAGAUACAAGGUUUCCAAAUGCCAGAUGUGAAUUUAAUAGGUGAACGUCAUGAUAGUGUAGAAACUAGUCGUCUUUUACAACUUGUAUUGGGAUGUGCUGUCAGAUGUUCAGAAAAACAGUUCCAUAUUCAAAAUAUCAUGAAAAUGGAGGAAUCUGUACAACAGAUGAUAAUGAAUGCUAUUCAAGAAUUGAUGUCUAAAGAGAUCCAAUCGGCACCUGAAGUUGAUAGUGAAAUUGUAGAACAAUUAAAGAAGACUGUAGAAGAACUGAAUGCUGCAUUAGAGAAUAAAGAAGAAUUACUACAGAGAUGUCAUGAAUUGGAUAUGCAGGUAGCUACAUAUUUAGAAGAAAAGAAUUCACUUCAAACUGAAAAUGAACGUUUGGUUGACCGAUUACAUCAAGCUGAAAGUCUGGAUGAUCCAAGUACACCGGCAGGAAAAAGGCUUCAAAAAUUACAAAGUCAGAUGGAACAAAUGCAAGAACAAUUAUAUCAUGUCGAACAAGCACGAGAUGAUUAUAGAAUUAAAUUUGAAGUUGCCACAAAAGACUAUCAAGAGCUGAAAGAUAAAAAUGCAGAACUGGCGCCUCUUGCAAAAGAAGCUCUGGCUCUAAAAGACGAACUUGAUUGUUUACGCCAUGCUGCAGACCAAGCUGCCAAAUAUGAAUCUUCCAUUGAAUCAUAUAAAAAGAAAAUAGAAGAAAUAACAGUGCUUCGUAGUCAAAAUAAAACUCUAGGCGAGCAAAUAACAAAGUAUAUACAAGAAAAAAUAGAAAUGGAGGAGGCUGUGAAAAGAUUUGACUCAGUUAAACAACAGUUAGAAUGGUUCCAGCGACAGAAUCAUGAACUACAAAAUAAAUUAUCUGAAGAAAUAAAGAGGGCCGAUAAAGUUGAAUUUGAGCACAAAAAGUCACAGGAAAAGAUGGUGCUAUUACAGAGGGAGAAGGAACGAGUAAUAGCAGAAAGAGAUUCUUUAUCAGAAUUGAAUGAAGAGUUAAAAUGUAUGCAGACACCUAAUGUUUCAAAUGUUAGUAAUCUUGAUAGUAUGGCCUCAACACCAAGUGAAAUGGAAAUGAAAGAAAAAUUACUACGAUUAGCCCACGAGAAUAAAAUGUUGAAGAUGAGUACAACAAGUGAAGAAGAAUCUGAACCUUUGCAGUUUGCUUUAGAAAAAACCAAUGCCAGGAAGAAUGAACUAGAAACAGAUGUUCGCUUGCUAAACCAGAGAAUCUUGGAACUGGAAGCUCAGGUUGAAGUCCUUCAAGAAAAUCAAACUCCCAUAAAUGAUGGUUCAGCAGAAGUGAAGAAAAAAUUGCUUCAAAAGGAACAACAAAUUGAAUCUUGUAACCGACAAUUGGAAGAAAACAAUCAAGAAAAUAAAGCUAUGGCACAAACUCUUGAAGAAAAACAACAAAAAAUCACCCAGUUGGAGACAGAUUUUGCAAACAAAGAAAAAGAAAUGAAAAUGUUAGAAACCAAAUAUAAAAAAUAUUUGGACAAAGCUCGGCACAUAAUAAAGAUAAUGGACCCACGACAAAGCAGCUCAAGUGAAACUGAUGCUCUUAAGAGUCAGUUAUUAGAUCGUCAAAGAUAUGUUGAAUAUCUCGAGAGAGACUUGGCUAAAGCUAAGGCUGUGAUAGAUCAUGAAGAAAAAAUAGCUGUUUCUGCUUGGUAUAACUUGGGAUUUCAACUUCAUAGACAAGCAACUGAACAGAGAUUAUCAAAUAGUUCUAGUGGUGGCCAAUCAUUUUUAGCUCGACAACGUCAUGUUCAAUCUAGACGACCUGCAUCAGUAAGUGCUUUACUCCCGAACAAUAACAGUACCUCAUCGGAACAUUGAUCUAUGACAUAUUUGAAUAUUGACCAAGUUGUACAAGAUGGAAUACUUCUAUUAUGUAAUGUAAUGUGUCCAAACAUGCUUACUCAGUGUGGUGCCUUCACAUACAUUAAUCUCUAGUGAAUAUUAACUAAAAAGUAUUUAAAUACAAUAUAAUGUAUAGUGUGGUGCCUUUACUUUUAAAAUAUGAAAUUUAUUAGCUACAUGCUGAACUAAAGCCAAAAGCUUAAGAAUAUCCAGUCAAAUACUCAUCUUGAUUAUGUAAGCUAAAGCUGGAGUAAAUCACACACUUGAUUGACACUAGUUUAAAUAUAGUUUAUUAUACUGUGUGAUUGGAAAGGGUGGAAGUGUGUAUUUAUUCAUUAAUAUGAAUUAGACAUGUAGCCUAGCUAGAACUUGUAAAAUGUGUAGUAAUGGCCAAGGAUAAUCACUCUUGGAAUUAUUUAACAAUUGUAAAUUUAGAAUUAUAUAAAAAUAAUGUACCAUAUUUUUAUGAAAAUCAUAAUAAUAAUAAUACAUGUGUAAUAUAUAUUAUGGCGGAUGUGGCAAUGUGCAUAUAAUACUUUUUGAUGAUUAGCAAUAGCAUAAAUAUACCCUAAAAAUUGUAUCAUAAUAAGAGAACAUAUUGUAGAUUGUCUCUUAUUCUUAUUGAUUUUCAUACACCCACAUUUAAAUGUGGUCUUAUAUUGUUGCCACCUAGAACAAUCUUUGUGGCCUCCCCGGAUAACUUAGCUGCUGUGAGGUUAUGUUUGUUCUUUGGUAACCCAUCUUUUUUUGUCCCCCGCCUUUCGAAGAAAGCAGGGGACUAUUAAAAUGGGUUCGUCCGUCCGUCUGUCUGUCUGUCUGUCUGUCUGUCCGUCACACUUUUUGGGACACAAUAACUCUCUUCCUAAUUGAGCUAGAAUGUUCAAACUUGGUGUAUGUGUUUAUUAGGUCAAUGCCUUGAUGGAGUUCGAAGAUGAGCAUUUUCCGCUUAGGGUAAGCAGAGAUAAGCAAUUUGAUUGGUUGAUGCUUUGGGACACGAUAACUCUCUUCCUAAUUGGGCUAGAAUGUUCAAACUUGGUGUAUGUGUUGAUUAGGUCAAUGCCUUGAUGGAGUUCGAAGAUGAGCAUUUUCCGCUUAGGGUAAGCAGAGAUAAGCAAUUUGAUUGGUUGAUGCUUUGGGACACGAUAACUUUUAAUUGAGCUAGAAUGUUCAAACUUGGUGUAUGUGUUUAUUAGGUCAAUGCCUUGAUGGAGUUCGAAGAUGAGCAUUUUCCGCUUAGGGUAAGCAGAGAUAAGCAAUUUGAUUGGUUGAUACUUUGGGGCACGAUAACUCUCUUCCUAAUUGAGCUAGAAUGUUCAAACUUGGUGUAUGUGUUGAUUAGGUCAAUGCCUUGAUGGAGUUCGAAGAUGAGCAUUUUCCGCUUAGGGUAAGCAGAGAUAAGCAAUUUGAUUAGAUGAGCAUUUUCCGCUUAGGGUAAGCAGAGAUAAGCAAUUUGAUUGGUUGAUACUUUGGGGCACGAUAACUCUCUUCCUAAUUGAGCUAGAAUGUUCAAACUUGGUGUAUGUGUUGAUUAGGUCAAUGCCUUGUUGGUUGAUGCUUUAGGACAAGAUAACUUUGAUAGAGAGUGAUGAAACUUAAGUGUAUAGUUGAUAAUCAGUUUGAUUGCUUGAUACUUUAAAAAAAAUAAAUGUGCGAUAAAUUAAUGUGUCAUCUAUUUAUUUUGGUAUUUUGGCGGGGGACAUCAGCCUCACUGUUGGCUUGUUUUUACUACCAACCAACAGACAUGUAACUAAUUGAAAGUAAAUGGAUGAAGUACUGUAUACAUUUUCCUAACUGCUUCUAAGGGAAGUACAUGUACAUAAAAAUAAAAAUUUUAUUUCGUAAUCACCAGCAUAAAUGAAAGGAAAAUGUGUAAAUAAUUGGCAUUACCAAUUUUUUGAAAAAAGUUAUUUCAGAUUUAAUUAGACAUAUACAAUACUGAUACAUGUACACUAAUAAUAAAUAAACUUUUAAAUCGUAAGAAAAAAAUAUUUUUAUAUGUGGGAGAAUCCCUUUGACAAUUACAGGUAAUUAAUUAGAUGGAUACAGAUUAAGAUAUGUACAGGGUAAAGUGUUGCAUGCUGUCUGACUAAAAACCUGACUGUGUAACAGAUAUUGCUUAAAUCAAUUUUUCUGUUAUUUUGUUUUUUUGCUUUUUAUUAUAUACUGAAUUCAUAUAAAAAAGAAAAAGAAAAAAAAAGUCCUACCUGUAAAUUAACAAAGUUACCUCCCUUUAAUGUCUGAAAAAUGUUUCCAUCAAACAUAAAAGGCAUAGUGAUUAGUAUUAGCCCCAAACCUACAAACACCUUAUCUAUAUCAAGUUAUGUUACUAUAUGCAUAUUUUUUUAUUUAUAGUUGUAUUUCUUAGUUCAUCUCUGGAAUAUGCAUGUUCUUUACUGCUAAUAAAUCAUGUUUUAAAUUAUUUUCUAUUUUGAAAAAAACUUAUUGAGAUACACAAUAUGUAUUUUGUAUGAUUAUGUAAAUAAUAUUUUAAAAGUAUAAAUGUAUUUA